AUGAAGACAUUCUUUCGCUCCCAAGACUUAUGGGACAUUAUAGAAGAGAGAUUCACUAUUCCAGAAGACACUUCCACUCUUAUUGCAGCUCAGAAGAAGGAGUUGAAGGAAAACAAACAGAAGGAUUCAAGGGCUUUAUUUGCCCUUCAACAAGCAGUUGAUGACACAAUCUUUCCGAGGAUAAUAGGUGCCACAAGUGCAAAGCAAGCUUGGAACACAAUACAAGAAGAGUUUCAAGGAAGUGAUAAGAAAUUCAAGGCCCUUGUUGAGAAGCAAAGUGGAAAACAGAUAAAAGUACUUAGAAGUGAUCGUGGAAAGGAGUAUAAAUCACGCGAGUUUGACAAAUUCUGUGAAGAUGAAGGCAUAGAGAGACAACUCAUAAUUGCAUAUACUCCACAACAAAACGAUGUGUCAGAAAGAAAAAAUUGCACAGUCAUGGAGAUGGCAAGAUCAAUGCUAAAAGAGAAAGAAGAAAAAGUUGUUAAAAGCAGCACUUUAGUCCCAGUGCAACAAUAUCAAGAAGAAAUUCAAGAAGAGGCAGAAGCUUCAGGUACGCCUUCUCCACCUCCAUUAGAAGAUUCUUCACUAGAGUCCACUCCAAGACGAGUAAGAUCUUUUGUAGACAUAUACGAAACCUGCAAUAUAGCCAUGAUUGAGCCUAACUGCUAUGAGGAGGCAUCAAAGCAAGAAGUAUGGGUCAAGGCUAUGGAAGAAGAGGUUAAAAUGAUUGAGAAGAAUAACACUUGGGAGCUCGUAAACUGUCCUCAAGGAAAAGACAUCAUUGGAGUGAAAUGGGUAUAUAAAACAAAGCUCAAUCCUGAUGGAACUAUACAAAAGCACAAGGCCAAAUUGGUCGCAAAAGGAUAUUCACAAUGGUGGACCUCCAAAGGUGCAUGA